AUGAAUGAAUAUGUCCUGCGCUGCUACUACAUUUCCACAAAUUGUGAAGAACCGGAGCACAUGACGACCUAUCGUGAGAGAAUGCUAGACCUGUUUCUAAGAAGAUAUAGACAUCUGAAUGGAAAGCUAACCGAAAAUAGCCUUGCUACAAGAAAAAAAGCAAUCUUCCAACACGAAUAUGUAAGAAAAGAAAAGCAAGAGGAAUUUAAAAGUGCAAUACGCAACGAGCUACGAGGAGUGGAAGGAAGCGAAGAGGAAAUAACACCAGAGAUAACCGAGGCACGCAACCCACAGCCUGAAAAUUUAGCGGAAUUUACCAACGUACAACCUGAAAUUAACUUGAUCCAUGAAAGUAUUGAAAGCGAUGGUCCAGAAACUAAUGAAGAACGGGAGGUGAAAGAUAUUUUCCUUAAUUAUCUGACGAAUUAUGAAGAUAUGGAUCCUUUGCUAAGACAAAGGAUACCCCGAUUAGGCGAAUCGGAAAAAUUAAACGAAGUGGUUAAAACACUUAACUCGAAAAUUCUACCAGCAUAUGUCGCCAAUAGCACCAACUUGGAAUAUGUUAACACUCUCUUUUAUGUUUCUGCUCUUACUACUGCACGAUUACUGGGCAAGCACCCAAAGGUACAGACAUUUAAAAAUAAAACAACGCAAAAAACGCCAGUAGUCCCCAGGUGGCAAAGAAGACUCGAAACACGAAUUGCCGGUCUAAGAGAAUCUAUAGGGAGGCUUACUUCAUUUAAAAAUGGGGCUAAGUCUAAAAGGUUAUUAAGGCAUGUAUCUAGAAUCAUCGCGCCGCUUAAGCCUCAGACUGUGGGUCUUGACCAAUUAUCAGAGAUAAUUGAUAGGAAAGUACAGCAACUCGCCGCUUACUCAAAGCGAUUAAGUAAGCGAUACCUCAAAAGUAAUCAGAGGCGGAAGGAAAACCAGCUUUUCCACAAAAAUCAAAAAAGCAUUUAUAGAAAUCUGCAACAAAACAGCAAUGCAGAAUCUCAGACAUUAUAUCCACAACAACAAGAGUUAGAGCAGUUUUGGGAGAAAAUAUGGGCACAAGCAAAACACUUCAAUGCUGAUGCGAAUUGGUUAGCCAAAGAAAAAGAAAAAGCGGAUAACGUUGCACCAAUGCACUUCUACUACAUAACAGCAGAAGAAAUAAAGAAUAAUAUAUGUACUUCAGCUAACUGGAAAUCCCCUGGCCUAGACCAGCUACACAACAUCUGGCUUAAAAAGCUCUCAGUAAUGCACGAAGCACUCGCAAGAUGCUACAACGAGCUACUGAAAAAUAUAGCUGCUAUCCCAGAAUUUCUCACUGCCGGAGUAACUUAUCUUCUUCCAAAGGACGCACCAUCUGCUGAUCCAGCAAGAUACCGCCCAAUUACUUGCUUGAGCACGACAUACAAACUCUUGACGAAAAUAAUCGCUAACCGAAUAUAUGAACACUGUGAAAGUAACAGCAUUUUAUGUGAAGAACAGAAAGGUUGCAGGAAGCGCACAAUGGGCUGUAAAGAUCAGCUUAUUAUAGACACUGUUAUCACAGGAGUAGCUCUGAGAAGAAGGCGGAAUUUAAGCGUCGCGUUUAUUGACUACAAAAAAGCUUUUGAUUCAAUGCCGCAUGAUUACCUAUUAGAGAUAUUAAGAAUAUACAAAAUCGAUGCUGCCACUGUUGCCCUCUUGGGCCGCAUAAUGAGCAAGUGGAAUACAAAACUGGUUCUAAAUGGAACUGUUUCGAAACAGAUUUCAAUCAAACGUGGUAUAUUCCAAGGGGAUGCCUUAAGCCCCUUAUCGUUCUGCAUUGGUCUCAAUCCACUUAGCAGGCUUCUCACACUUAAACAAAAUGGCUUUAUACUCAAAACUGAACUUCCUACCUUACGCAACAUCAGCAGACAACAUCAACAAACAACCAGCGGUGAUGCAGCAGCAUCAUCAUCACUACCAUCUUGGAGCACCUCAACAGCGGUGUGCGGUGACAAAACCGAAGACUUAAGCAACAAACUAAAUAUUAGCCAAGUGCGUAACUAA